AUGGGAGCAUCAAAAGACACCCACAUAGUAGAAAUCCCUGUAGAUCAAGAGCAUCAUCAUCAAAAUCACCACAAGAAUCUCUUGUGUUCAAUGACCAACAACAUGAUUGAGGCCAUAGAGGACCACCCUUUAACUGAGAUCUCAGAAAGCCCUGGUCACCUUUUGCUCCUCAAGCUAUGGCAAAGAGAAGAAGAUCUCUUUGCAAAACGCAUUGCCCACAAAGAGACCAGAAUGGAUUCAAUCAAAGCUGAACUCUUUCAAUUGUCCUCAUUCUUCUUCAUCUUUCAUGGGUUCUUCUUUAUUCUCUUGUUCACUUCAUGGGAUAAUACUAAUAGUGACCAACACCACGACCAAAGUGUUUGUAAGAAGUGGUGGGUUCCUUCCAUGGUGUCCCUUUGCACUUCCUUUGUGUUUGUGUUCUUGGUUCAAAUGAAGGUGCAUAGGUAUUGGAAGGUGUGGGGGCAGUUGCAAAGGGAGAGGAAUGAUGGAAGGGCUUUGGCUAGGUGCAUACAGGAGUUGAGGAUGAAAGGGGCAAGCUUUGAUUUGUCUAAGGAGCCUCAGAGUGGAAAGAGGAUGAAGAGUUCAAGUGUUGAGAUCAAGUGGAAGCCACUCACUUGGUGUUCUAAGAACUUACUCACCAUUUGUCUUGUUUGCUUUACAGGUUUGGCCUUUCCUGCUUCCAAGUUUGUUCUUUGUGGCUUGUGAUGAUGGAUGAUGGAGCAUGCAUUUGGAUGGAUGUUGCUGAGGGACGUGUGCCUCUGCUGGGGAAUGAAGCAUUUUUGGUCCGAUAGAUUAUGCAACCCUUUUGAAUCAUAACGUUAAUAAGAGAUGUGCUACCAAAAAAGCCCUCAGAUUUCAAUGCAAGCUUCAAGUUUUACAAGGAGGGG